AUGGCGCACCUCAAUCCACGCCUCCUCACCAAUUCUGAGCUCCGACGCCACGAAGACUGCGCGGCGGAAAAUGCCAAGCUCGCAGACUGUUGGAGCAGCGACCAAGUCGUCAUUCUCACUAUCGAUUGUUCGUACGGAUAUAAGUACUCUGGUUACACAGUUAUGCCGUCGAUGAGCGUCGACAUCAUGACGCCCGCCGAGAAGCCACUGUGGAGUUCCCCGACAAGUAGCCAACGACUGACCCGACAACACUGCAAGCGAACAAUUCGGCUGCUUGAGCAGACGAAAGUCAACAAGCGACUACGCCCAAGGCCCUUCUACAUGAAAGUCGACGCUCACGAGAUAUUUGAGACAUACAACAACGACGCCGCGAAGGAGAUAUUUGACGUUCUGGCCACGGAGUAUGCGACAAUGUGUAUUUUGACUCACGACGUCCGGGACUCGAUGAAGGCGCUGGAACUGUUUGAUGUGAAGCUGCCAUCUAAGGCUGUCUUCGUGGAUCUUAUCAAAGUACUGGAACACCAAACCAGAGAUGAAGGGAUUCCAGAAGAACUCAGCAACUACACGGAUGAGAACAUUGCAGUGAGCGUUGCUGGGAACUACAAGCGCGCCAGUCGAAAGGGCGCGCCUCGUCGCUUUGUAUGCGAUCAUCCGGGCUGCGACAAGCUCUACUCCAGAGCCGAGCAUCUUCAGAGACACCAAUUGAACCACAACCCCAAGGAAAUAUUCCAAUGCGAUACCCCAGGAUGUGAUCAAAAGUUCGUGCGCGCCGACUUGUUGAGUCGGCAUAAGAAGCGCCAUUCAUCAUCUUAUAUCCCUCGCAACCGCGCGCCGAGCUUCAGCACGUCUGCUGCGUCUACCGCUGUCGCCGGCGUCGCGGUAUCGUCGCCGACAGCCGGUGUCCGAUCGGCAUUUCCCCAACCAGGCCAACCCUCAGCGAGCGGUCCUCACGACGCCGCCAUAUUACUGACGCCUGAUUCCAAUGUCACACCAACGCCCACAACAGGCGCCUCUAAUCCAUCACUGACGGCCAGAAUCGGUCAGCCGUCGACAUGGCCAUCAAUAGACGACAUCUCCGUCAACAUGAUGCGCCCAAAACCGGAUCUUUUCGGCCGGGAAGAGCCCUCGAUUCCCGAGCCAACAUCGAUGAUGCCAUCGUUCACCACAUUAGGUUUCCAGCCCGACGAAGCCUUGUCGAGGGAAAACUUUGCCGUCUGGCUGUUCGAUCCUCAGGCUACUCUCAGCGAGUUCAACGGCGUCGCGAAUCUCCCGUUUCUGGAAGGCGGUCUCGAAUCAACGUUCAACAACAACAUCCACUACGACUAUGAGUCCCUCACGAGCCGGUCUCAGCUGGACCCUACACCACCGCGGCAAGUGGAAGUCAGCGACGAGCUCAUCAGCGAACAUCGGCGUCAGGAAGUUCUCCAAUGGCUGCAAAUGUUUCGCCAGAAGCAACCAAAAUACGAGCAUCGUAUUGUGAAUCUAGUGCAAGAGAGCGGUGGAGACUUGCCUGCGCUGAACGUCGACAUGAUGCGCGACUGCUUGAAGGAAUACUGGAAGAGUGUGUCUCCAAGGCUACCCAUCGUUCACCAGCCGACAUUUGCACCUAAUCGCUGCUCCAUCUUCCUCCUGAUGGUCAUGAUAGCCCUUGGAGCCGCAUCUUUGAGCAGCAGGGACUCGACUGGAAACCUCGAGCAAUACGGAGGCUUCGCUGAUGUCAUAAUCUCCAGUGUUCGCUGGGAGAUCCUCACGGCCGACGAAGCAUCACCGCCAGUAGGGUUGUCAAUCGCACAGGCGCUGCUCUUGCUCGAAUUCUACGAGAAGAUGUUCUCGUCAAGACGCUUCCACGAACGAGCGCAUAUCUAUCACUCGGCUACACUCACUCUCCUUCGGCGAGGCAGCCCCCUCAUCGGGAGGGCAGGAAGCGAGUCGCCGCCAGAGGAACAGGACCCAACAUGCAAUGAUGGAUCGUCGCUAGACUCCAGGGUCUGGUGGGUUAGAUGGGCCGAGUCAGAGGCCAUGCAUCGUGUCGUCUUCGCCGCCUUUAUGAUGGACGUCAUUCAUGCCGCGAUGUUCGGCCACUCAGCAGAUAUGGCGCCGCAUGAGAUUCGGCUACCACUACCGUGCGACGACGCCCUGUGGACAGCUUCUACUCCUGACGUUUUCCGUCAGCUUGACAGCAAUUAUAGGAUGUAUGGCAUCAAGCAGGUCUCUUUCCUUGAUGGACUGAAGAGUGCGUUGCAUGGUCAGGAAGUUAAGACUCAUACCUUCGGGCGGAUGAUUAUCAUGUCAGGCUUGCUUAGCGUUGGAUGGCAUUUGUCUCACCGAGAAUCACACCUCAAAUGGCUCGACCUACGCACGCCUAGUACCGAGACACACGAUGGCUGGAGGAAGAUCCUGCUGAGGGCAUUUGACGAGUGGAAGGAAAGUUUUGACAAAGCCGUCGGGGCGAACGACACGUCAGAAACUCCUGGACAACCCUCAACCUCCAAUGGACCUAUACAUUCCGCUGCAGUGCUAUACCACCUAGCACACAUCAGUCUUCACGUCGAUAUCGUCGAUUGCCAGGUAUACGCCGGCGCAAAACGACUUGUGGGACGUAAGGUCUCAACACGGGAUCACGCCAACGCCGUCUCUCGGAUGAGGUCGUGGUCCAACGCUGCUUCGACGCGGCAUGCCGUUCUCCACGCCUUCAAGCUUCUCUACCGGGUAUUAGUGGACCAAAAAGGACCCAAACGGCGGACGAGCAGCUUCGGAUCACUGCCCGAGCCGGUGUCCGUUUUCUACUCUGUCCGAACCGAGCCAGAUCCGCAUCGACCAUGGAUCAUGUACUACGCAGCCCUGACGAUCUGGUCUUUCGUUCAGGCUUUGGGCAUUCCGGCUAAGAACGUGCCGCCGGGGAGGUAUAGCGAGGUUGCCCGGUAUCUUUCGCUUUUCGCGAGUUUGGAUGAACUCAAGGAUGAGUGGGCGAUGGAUCUUAAUGAGAGGUUGCCCGAAUUAUUGGAUUUGUUGAGGACAAGUCUGGAACAGUCCCAUUCGGAGCUGUUGCGGGAGGCUAGUGACCGGCUCAAGCUUUGCCGGGAGAUGUUACGAUAG